GUUAGAAAUCGCAUUGGAAUAAGAAACAACCAAUAUUGAGUAGCAACGAAAAGGUGUUGAAAAGUAACUGUAGGGAAUAUUUCAUUCUAAUUUGCAGACACUUUAUUUAGUACAAAAGAAUCCGAGAUUUUUUUCUCUAUAAUUUUACAUUUCUAAUUUUUUUUGCGUUCGAUCCUGUCCUUUUAAAAAAUCUUAUUUUAUUUAAUUGAAUCGUUCUGGCGUUUAUUUUUUUACAAAAUAAGAUGGCAAUAUUGGAAGAAGAUAUAUCUUAUCCCUCGUAAAUACCUUUUAAUAACAUUAACUCAAAAGCAGUGAGAGACAAAAUAUCAGUUUACAUGAGUUUGUUCGAUUUGGUGAACCUGUCGAUCGGGACACCUGAAGUUGGAGCUGUCAACUUCAAUGCGUUGCAUACCCUCCUCCACGCUAUCCUGGGACAUCUGAAAAUCCAAAAUGUGACCACCGGCUGGAGAGAGCAGGAUGCCCCGCCACAGGAGCCCCAUGGCCCGCAUCUGACCAAGUCCUCUAGCCCGUACCAUCACAUGGAAGACAAACUUCGGCAGAUAGAGAGACAGAUGGCCGCGCUGGAGAAGCUUCCUUGCGGUACAGAUCUUCUGAGCCGCACUGCCUCAACCACAACACCGGUCAACGACUUGUGGCAGCUGAUGCAGCUCAGGCGAGUGAGGACGGCGUGUCCAAGUCUAUAUCGCUGAUCCAGGAUCUGCUGAAGGAGAUCCAGGACCUGCAGGAGUCCAGAGAUGACCUGAAGAAAGAGAUCAAGAGCCUCCAGAACCAACUCAACCAGCUCAUAGUGAGGAGGGAUUGCAGAUAGACAACAUUUGGCAACCUUGCUCAUCUCCCCUAUUAAUCUACAGUAGGGGAUCUACCCAGUGCUCAUCACUAGGGAAUCCUUCUCCAUCUCACCACCCCACACAGUGGUGAAAUAUAGCGUCAUGUAGAGCCCGAUCCACCCUGGCCCUGGUCCCCUCCCUCCAUCCCUCUCUGUAGGGGACAUGGAGUCAUACAGAGGGCAACAGCAUCAAAGAGCCACAGCUUAUCUCUGGCAACCUGGCAUGUCACUCACCUCAACAAUAGAGUGAGGAUAAUUAUCCUACAUGUCUGUUUCCAUCUGGUAGCAUGACGUUGCUCUGGGUAUUUUUGGGUCCCAGCUGAAUAUGAGUGAGCUGGUUGACAGAAUCAACAAAGUACUGCCACCGACUGGACAACCUGGACUCUGCCACCAAAGAGCUGCAGGACAGAGUUGGGCGUUACCCAGACCCAGACGAGCUCAUCCAGUGUGUGACCUGGGACAUCAUGCAGACCACCUUGGUUAGCGAGCAACAGAAUCUGCAAAAGGCAUGUCUUGCCCCCCCCCAUGCUCUGAUGGAGCUGCUGCCUUUACUCCUGGCACUGGCACUGCCAGCCAGCAUGGGGGGGUCGCUGCCCCAGCAGUCCCUCUCUGAUGGAGCUGCUGCCUUCACUCCUGGCACUGGCACUGCCAGCCAGCAUGGGGGGGCGCUGCCCCAGCAGUCCCUCUCUGAUGGAGCUCUGAUGGUGGGCAGCAAACCCCUGUCUCGUGUGGCCAGCGGGGCAGAGCGUUACCCAGAGACAGUGGAGGCCCUGAGGGACGUGGGCAGGCUCAGGGAGAGACACAACACCCUGGAGACCAGAGUAGAGCUGCUGGAAGCAGGCAAGGCUGACCAGGCCCAGCUCCAGCACCCCCGGGAGCUCCUCACUGACUUGGGUGACAGGGAUGUGCCUGACAAACUGUUGGAUCAACUGAAUCAUCUGAGCGUUCUGGUCGACAGCCUGAUGGGUGACAGAGCCAAGAGCUCGGAGCUGAUGAAUGACGUUCAGGGAGCCAUCAUGCAACUGCAUGCUGAGUGUGAGAAGCUCCACGGCACAGCCAACCACCUGAUUGAGGAGCACGGCCAGAAACAGGUCGACAUCGACAAAGCAGACAAGCGUGCCCUGGAGACCAAGGUGAGCCGCAUGCAGUUUGACUCCAUGACAGAGGAGCUCAACACCAUGUUCCAGGAGCUGCUCAGCAAGAUCACUGGCCAGGAGCAGGACUGGCACAAAAUCAUUGACAAAAUCUCCACCGAGAUGGAGUGCAAGCUGGACCGGAUUGAGCUGGAUACUGUGAAGAAGCAGCUGGAGGACCGCUGGAAGAGCAUCCGUAAGCAGCUGCAGGCCCAGCCUGCCCCGAAGGAGGACGACGCUACAGACAUCAGGAAACAACUAGUGGCAAGGUUCCACUGCAUCUCCUGCGACCGCCCAGUCGAUAUGCUUACCCCAGGACCACACUUGGUCACCGUGCCCUCCACUCCUGGCCUACCCUCCUACAAGUCCAACCGACCGUACACCAUCUAUGAGCUUGAGCAGGUUCGCCAGCACUGCAGAAGCGAGCGCAUCCCUGAGAUGGCGGACUACAGUUACCUGGCCAUGUCCCGGAGCUGUGGAGGCAGCCACACCGUGACCUACCCCAACCGCCGCUACACCCACCUGCAGCACUUCAGCCACUUCCUCCAGGCUGAGGAGGAGACACCGCCCAUCUCCAGCUCCCCACUGCGCAUUCAGCCGGAGGAGGUGGACAUCCUGGGAUUGGACGGACAUAUCUACAAGGGCCGCCUGAAAACCAAAUCGAUCAAGACUGUGGAUGCCAGACUACCCACCAUCUUUCCUAAAGACGCAGGCAUGUGCAAGAGCAAAGACAAGAUCAUGUGCUCCCAGUUCCAGAAGCCUGGCUGCACAGAGCCGGGCUGUGUGACCCCUGUGCGACCCCAGAGUGCCAAGACCCAGCGCAGCCGCUCACCCUCAGGCAGCUCUGUGCGGGACCGGCCCAUGUCUUCUUUAGGCUGCCUGUCCCAGGCUACCCUUCCCCAGAGCUCGUCCCAUGCUGACACCACCAGCGAGCUGCUGCAGCAAGAUCUGGAGCUUCACAUGGACCUGAGCCAGUCGGAGGAAGAGCCCGUCAUCAUCCUGUAGGGGGCGAUGGAGAGCCCCACACAUCUUAUUUUAAUAAACCGUUUACAGCAGCACCAGGAGGAGGGUAUCCUGGUCUCCAUUUUGUAACGGAGCAUACAGAUGUUGUGAAAAUCAAUUCUGAUAUUAGUCAGUUAGGUUAUUUAUGGAUUGUAAUGGAAGAACACAAUUCUGGGACCUAUGAACACUGUUUCCAUGCAACAAAAUAGCUGAGUCACAAAAUAGCCGAGUCACAUUUUCAAAGUGCAGCUUUACAGGUCAGAUACCUUACAGGUGGCUACAUUACGAUUUUGGUUUAUGAUGCCUGAUUUUCAAUGACCUUCAUAGAGAAGCUUUCAGGCAGGUGACCUCAAAUACCAGACUGUUUGGAGGCAGAACAAUACCACCAUGGAGCAAUUCAUUUGACAUAUAGGGUCUUAUAGAGCGGUAUCAUUAAGGGCUUGAAAUGUCUUCACUCUCACAGACCCAAUUCUCUAGACAGUUUCCUAGAAGAAGGGGCUUUGCUUCCACACAUUUUGUGUCAAUGAGAAAUAUGAUGUAUAUCUAUCUCUAUCCAUGCCUUACACACUCAGUGGCCAGUUUAUUAGGUACACACAUCUAGUACCGGGUCGGACCUCCCUUUGCCUCUAGAAUUCUUCAGGGCAUGGAAACAUUGCUCAAUUGGUAUCAAGGGAUCUAACUUUGCCAGGAACACGUUCCCCACACCAUUAUACCACUGCCACCAGCCUGUACCGUUGACAGCAGGCAGGAUGGGGCCAUGGACUCAUGUGGUUACGCCAAAUCUUGACUCUGUCAUCAAUAAUAAUAAUAAUAAUAUAUGCCAUUUAGCAGACGCUUUUAUCCAAAGCGACUUACAGUCAUGUGUACAUACAUUCUACGUAUGGGUGGUCCCGGGAAUCGAACCCACUACCCUGGCGUUACAAGCGCCAUGCUCUACCAACUGAGCUACAGAAGGACCGUCAUCAGCAUGAUACAAAAGGAACCGGGAUUUGUCGAACCAGGCAAGGUUUUUCCACUCAUCAAUAGUCCAGUGUUGGUGAUCGCGUGAUAACUGGAGCUGCUUGUUUUAAGCUGAUAGGAGUAGAACCUGGUGUGGUCGGCUGAUGCAAUAGCCCAUCCGUGACAAGGAUCAAUGAGUUGUGCAUUCAGUCGUUUAGGUCACUCGUUUUUCCCCUUCUAAUGUUCAUUCGAACAUUAACUGAAUUCCUGGAUUCCUGUCUGCCUGCUUUAUAUAGCAAGCCACAGCCUCCUGACUCGUGAAAGAGGUGGUGUACCUAAUAAACUGAGUAUAAGUGAUCCCUUUCAUAGCAUUUGGACGUAUUCAGGAGUAAUGAUGCUACUGAAAGGUAUUUCAGGAGAGUAUUUAAGACAGGCAGUUAAUCUGAAUGUAAGAUUUCCAUUGGUAGAUGUAUCCUUGUUUUCAAAGAUAAAUGGGCCUUCAUGGAAUAUGUGAUGUAUGUGUCAUAUGAUGUCCAUAUAACUGUUAUGUGAACAUAUGUUGACUCAUUGACUGUCUGCAAUGAAUUACGUAAAUAUAUCUGUACUGUUCUACACAACCCCACCA